AAACCGCUCCCUUAGUAUUCUCUUCUUCUGCUUCGCUAGAAACAACGUUCGUCUCUGCGAUCUGAAACGUCGAAGGUGAAAGAUGGGUUUGGUGGGAGAAACCGUAGACUCAAUUAAAUCUAUUCAGAUUCGUCAGCUUCUCACUCAGGCCAUCAGACUUGGGAUGAUUGUCACGUCUGCUUUGAUCAUAUGGAAAGCUUUGAUUUGUGUCACUGGAAGUGAUUCCCCUGUCGUGGUUGUUCUCUCCGAAAGCAUGGAACCUGGUUUUCAGAGGGGUGAUAUAUUGUUCUUGCACAUGAGUAAGGACCCCAUUCGAGCUGGCGAGAUUGUUGUUUUCAAUAUUGAUGGUCGUGAUAUUCCAAUUGUCCAUCGUGUCAUUAUGGUUCACGAAAGGGAAAAUACUGGAGAAGUCGAUGUUUUGACAAAAGGUGACAAUAACCCUGAAGAUGAUAGACUUCUCUAUGCUAAAGGUCAGCUUUGGCUUAAUCGACAUCAUAUAAUGGGUCGUGCUGUCGGCUUCUUGUCUUAUGUUGGAUGGGUGACUAUAAUCAUGACAGAAAAACCUAUCAUCAAGGACCGUAGGUUCAGAUAUUGAGAGAAACGUUUGACAGCUGAAGAACCUUACUCAUUAUAUAAAGACGAUUUGCUAUGUAUUAUGCGGAAGACCCUUUGAAUAGCAAUCAAUAGGGCCAAUAUCAUUUCUUAGUUUUUAAUGUAUGUGUUCAGUUUGGAUCAAAACGUUACCUACGGAAAUUUAUAUUACAUAUUUAAUUUAUUAUAAUAUCAUUAUUUUAACUCAUGAGGUUUGUCGGAUUUUUUUGUAUGAUGAAAUGUUAUAUUGGGUAGUAAAUUAAUGAUUUGGUUCGUAUGUAUUACGCUAGAGAUAAAUUAUAUUACACUAAGGUUUGGCUAAACUCUUUGUAAUGAUGUCAUAUCAGCAAUUAAAAGGUUCAAGGGAGUGACACAUAACCAAGAUCACUUUGUAAUUAGUACAAAAUUAAAGUUAUAUUUUUAAAAGAUUUUCAAUUAAUAUAUAGA